ACACACUGCUGAGUAGAUGCAACUGCGAGUCUCACGUGAUUGCUGCUGCCUACACACACGUACUCAUCUCAACAUGCCUAGACUAGACGGUUACUUCAUCUUCCUUCUCUGUGGACUGUCUUCCAUUUCUGUUGCCGACUUCCCAGUUCCUUCAGAAUAUCCAGUACAUGCAGUAACACAGUUUCAUUACUUCAGUGCAUGCACGAUUGUUUAAUUAAUUAAUUACAUCAAGUAAUAUGUUUUAUGGCUUGCCUUCUCAGCCUUUCUCAUGGGAUACUGUUCCAGUGUUUUGCCACAUGUGUAAGCCCCAAGGCCUCUUUAACGACACUGAGCUUGAUUUCAUCAAACGAUUUGCAAUGGUGACAAUUGAGAAAGGGCAAGGUCUCAAUCAGUCUGGUUAUGCAGAAGAGAAAAUGAUUGCUGCAGGAAUGCAAAUCAAGAAAGCAAACUCAUCCAUUUGGACACUGUUCUAUAUGAAUGCAAUCUUAGACUGGCCAUUCUUCAAGCUGCACGACAUUAUGCUAAAAAAUCCCGACUACUGGAUCAAACACGACAAUGGAACUGCAGUGAAAUUUUCUGGUGAUUCCUCGUUUCCUCAGCCAGCAAAUGGCAUGCUUGGAUUCAAUCAGUCGAAUCCCAAUGUUCGAAAAAUGUUUACAAGCGACUGUGUGAAUGCCACCAGAUCAAAAGCUUUUAAUGGCUGUUUCAUUGAUCGUGCUAAUUGGGCUUUGGAUAUCUAUAAUGCAAAUAAUACUCGAGCAUUACACGGUGUCAGCAGAGCCAGAGUGAAGGAGCUAGCAGACGGUCAAGUUAAACUAUUAGAAGAACUACAGACUGGAGUUACGUCGUCGGGUUUGAUUAUGGCUAAAGAUGUUGGCAGAAAGGCAGGAUUCACUGACUGGCCAUAUGUCAACUCCAUCUUCUUAAGCGACUGCUACUGCUGUUCUGACAGCUGCGCUGAUGAUAUUGAAGCAGCAAUCAAUGCAACCAAGCGAAAACAACUCUUACAAUGUCACGUCAACGGAAAUCUCAACUCACAAGAUCAAUUCACAUUUGCCCUUGCCACUUUCCUUGUCGCAGCCGGAGAACAUUCAUAUUUUGCCUACUCUCAUGGCUGGUUUCUGGAAGGCUAUGGUCUGAAGUGGUGGCCAGAGUACAACAAACCAUUAGGACCACCAGCAGGUCCAGCCAAACGCACUGGUUCAGUUUACGAGCGUUCGUUUGCUAGCGGAACUCACGUUUGGCUGGACAUCAAACAGAAAAAAGCAAACAUAACCUGGGCUGGAGAUAUCAACUAACUCAAUCGACAAGGCUCUGUUAAGUAGUCUAUGCUUUUGCUGGUUUAUGUGUUGCUGUAGUUGUGCGGCUAUAAGUAUGUCAGAGGUAGUUGUUUACACAGUCAAGCACAUUUUAAAAACCACAAGCAUUGCAGCACCGUCGAUGU